AUGUCAUCAAACAAGCUUCAAUGGCCACCUCAAGCGCCUCCGAGAUUCAGUGACACACCGUCGACGGUUCUCAGCAAGGCUAGGGACCUGAUAGAGCGCUCUCGAAAGGCGAAAGAUGAGCUUGUGGCACAUGUGCCGCUAGAGAGCGCAACUUUUGCAAAUGUUCUGUUACCACUCGCGAACGAUGAGAAUUUAUUGGCUGUUGAAUUCGAAAUUCUCAAGUUCUAUCAAUCUGUGUCGACCGACCCGGAACUACGUGAUGCAUCAGGGGAGGCUGAGAAGCUUUUACACGAAUUCAAUCUUGAGACGGAGACUCGGGAAGACCUAUACAACCUUGUCAAGUGGGUUUACCACAAAAGCAACAUUGAAGAACUGGAUCCGGAAUCACGUCGACUGUUAGAGAAAAAAUACAAAGAUUAUUACCGAAAUGGAUUGGGACUCCCUGAGUCUCAGCGGGGUCGCUUGAACGAAAUCAAGAAACAUCUCAAUCAGCUUAGGAUCAACUACAAAAAGAAUCUUAACAGCGAACAUGGGGGUAUCUGGCUUACCCUGCAGGAAUUGGAUGGAAUACCUGCGGACUUAUUAUCCAGCUUACAGAAUCGAAAAACGGAUGGCAAUCAUCCGGGCAAGGUCUGGCUAAGUUUCAAGUCAUCGGAUGUCUUCAUGGCACUCAAAUUUGCAAAAACCGAAGAAACCCGAAAGAAAAUCUUCAUUGCCAAUGAGAAUAAAUGCUCACAGAAUGGGUACAUUCUUAAGGAGGCUGUGGUGCUUCGCGAUGAAGCUGCUCGGCUGCUUGGAUACUCAAAUCACGCAUCGUUCAGAAUAGAAGAGAAGAUGGCCAAAGACUUUGAGACGGUGGAGAUUUUCUUGGAUGACUUGUGGUCCAAGUUAACGAGCAGUGGUCACAGAGAGCUUGCCGAGCAAAAGCAGUUGAAAGAGGCAGAUCUGGAGUCUCGUGGAGAACCAUUUAACGGCUUUUUUCUCUGGGACCAUUCAUUCUACGGUCGUUUAAUGAGGCAAAAAGAGCUGUCAAUCGACCAGGAGAAGAUCGCAGAGUAUUUUCCUUUGCAAAACACAGUCCAAGGGAUGCUAGCGAUUUUUGAGAGAUUAUUUGGUCUCGUCUUUAGAGAAAUGGUCGUCGACAAAGGCAGUGACAUUGUUUGGCAUGAGGAUGUACUGGUUUUCAAUGUUUGGGACGAUGACGACCUAGGCAGUGAAUUCGUUGGCUACCUCUACAUGGAUCUGUUCUCACGAGAGGGUAAAUAUCCAAAUCCAUCGAAUUGGAACCUACAGCCGGGCUUUAUUCGACAAGGCAAUACACGCCACUAUCCGUCCACAGCUUUAUUAUGCCAGUUCCCUAAGCCUAGCCCUGGUAAACCGAGUCUUCUAAAACAUGAUGAUGUUGUAAUAAUAUUUCAUGAACUGGGACACAGUAUCCAUGACCUUGUGGCAAAGACUACUUUCUCAACUUUUCAUGGUACAAAAUCAACGGAAGACUUUGCAGAAGCACCUAGCCAGAUGCUUGAGAACUGGUGCUGGCUCCCUUCACAGUUAAAGUCGCUGAGUCGACACUACUCAACUCUAUCGGCAGAAAGCUGCAGUCUAGGGAAAGAAGAGCCCCAAUCAAGGCCCCCUAAACAAAUACCCGACGAGAUGAUUACAGGCCUUAUCCAAUCACGCAACUGGAAAAGGGCACUGUAUCAUCUGCAUCGGAUAUUUCUUAGUGUUUUUGAUAUGAAAAUCCAUACACCUAGAACUCACCAAGAGAUUGUGAAUUUGGAUAUCUCAUCCAAAUUUAAUAGCCUGCGAAAGGCAAUCAGACUGACUGACGGUCCCGAGAUACUGGGUCAGGGUGAUAGAUGGGGUCAUGGCGAGGCAAAUAUUCCACACUGGAUGGGUACGUAUGAUGCGGGCUUUUAUAGCUAUCUAUGGUCAGAAGUAUAUGCCCUUGAUAUGUUCAACACGGUCUUCCGGUCUGACCCUCUCAACGCCAAAGAAGGCCGAAGAUAUCGACACCUUGUUCUUGAGAAGGGUGACAGCCAGGAUACGAUGAAGACCCUGACUGAUUUCUUAGGCCGUGAACCAAGCAGAGAGUCAUUCUUCAAGGAACUCGGUCUGGCGUGA